AUGUUUGUAUAUCCAGUACCAUUGCUCGUCAUUUUAUUAGUGACCAGUCAAUUUAUCAAAGCUCAUCCAUCGGCAAUAUCAAAAGGUACAAACAAUAAUCAUCCGAUGCAUCAACGAUUAAAACGCGAUAUUGCGUAUUUACAACAUCAUGAAUUAGCAAAUAAUUAUAAUGAUGAUAUGCCGUCAGGUUUUGAUGAAAGCUCACCAUUUAUUUAUUCGCUUAUGCAGCGACGCAAUCGCAAACGUUUGAUUGACUUUUAA